GUUUUCUUCUGUGGUUUCGUUGAUUUGGUAACCUUACACAAGACAGACAGCAGAACCAGUGUCUGAUUGUGACCUGCUGAGCCCACUUCGGCGGCCCUCCUACCGGCCAUGGCCUCCCAGCUGGGCACGGCCCGUACUCCGCUGGAGAGCGUCUUCAGCUACAUCCCGCCCAGUCAUGAGAAAGUCGCCAAGCAGGCGCUCUUCAACGUGGCCGCCUUCGUGUUCAUGCUGGUGGUGGGCGGCAUCGGCUUCGCCACCUACAACGUCUUCUACCCAUUCAUGAAGCCGCUGGUGUGGGCGCUGCUGCUCGGCACGGUCAUGUACCCGGCCAAGCGGCGGCUGGCGAUCACCACACGCCGCUGGCUGCUCGAGAUGGAGCACUCCAGCACGCCGCUGUUCGUGCACGGAUUGCUCCUCCCGGUGUGGGCGUUCGACGCCACCACCGACGCCAUCGGCAACGCGGCUGUGCGACACAUCCGCGCGCUGGCGGCGUUCGUCGUGGCCAUCGCGUUGGUGAACGUGGCCUGGUUCUACACGCCCAGCGUGCUGGUGGGCCUGGUCUGGCUGGUCAGCCAGGGUGUGGUCGGUAACCUGCUCUGGCUGCUCACCAGCAUCUUCUCCAACAAGCUGCUGUGCUGGACCCUGCUGCUGGGCUACGUGACGGCGGUGGUGUUCUUCUGGUCGCCGUCCACACGCCGGUUCGCCAUACCCUCGUGGCUGCUGCUGCUCGGCUUCCUGUCGGGCCUGGCCGGGCCGCUGGCCGGGCCCAUCUUUGUGGCGCUGGUGGCGUUGAUGGCCGUCGGCUUUGUCACCGAGGUACUGGCCAGAAUGCGCGACGAACGGAACGAAGGAAUCAAUGUGUCCAUGUCCAAGACAAUCAUGGCGAUUAUGUACGAUCAGACGAUCUCCACACACCCAACUCAGUCGGCUGUCGAGUCGGUGUCGGAGGAGUCGGCGGCGGAGACUAGCGACCAGACGACGAGCGCCGAGGCCUCGGUCGGCAGUCUGCCCUCCUCCAUCGCCCAGUCGCCCACCGGCGCGGAAGCCACGCCCACCGGCGCCCAGGUCACGCCUUCCGAGGCUCGCACCACGUCCAGCGAGGCCCAGGCGUCCGUCGCCGUCGGGCAGGGUGCGUCCGCGGCCGCGGAGCACACGCCCACCGUCACUGAGACCACGCCUGUCGGCUCUCGGACGAGCGCGCGCUCGGCCGGCUACCUGGCGCAGAAGGGGAUGACCUCCACACCGCUCAUCCGCGCCCGGCCGCGCACCCUGCGGGCCGAGGAGACCGACACGACGGCGGGUGCCUCGACUGACACCCUGCACCGAUCCGAUGACGUCACAGAGCUGCCGUCACGGCCGCAGCCGGACACCGCCAGCCCCGGGCAGCGCGAGGAGCUCUGCUCCCAGACCACCACCUACAUCACAGCCGUCGCGUACUGCUGCCUGGUGGUCGUCGUGUGGCAGCGCAUCUGGCUCAUCUCCAUGCUGCCAGUCGUCGUCGUGUACUAUUUCAUCAAGCGGCUAGUGAUCAACUUCUGGCACUCGGGGGGUAGCGACUCGAUGCAGGCUGUGCUGGGGACGGCUCGCUCGUGGCUGCUGGAGCGCCAGGAGGGCAUCAUGCCUCUGCCCGUGCGAGGCGUCUGGAAGCUGGUGCUGCGUGGCAACGCCCACGUCAUCGCCGGCGUGCAGGGCUCGGUGGACGCCGUCGUCACCGUGCUGGUGGUGCUCGGCGCGCUCGUCUUCGUCUCGGUCGCCGCCGUGUUCGCGUUCGUGCAGAUCUAUGGCGAGACGGUGCACAUGAUCGAGCUGGCCGGCAGCGUCAUCAACUCGACGGUGGUGGCCAACCCGGACCUGCAGGCCCUGCUGCCGGCCAACAUGAGCCUCGUCGUCGACCAGAUGAUCGACAACGGCUACCUGUACGGUCGUGACUACAUCUCCAAAGUGGUGCGUGACCUGACCAAGGGCGCCGGCGCCCAGAGCCAGGAGCAGCUGGAACGGCAGACGCUGGAGCUGUGGGAGCGCCUGUACCAGGCCUGGGUGGGCUCGAUGGUGGCGGCGCCGGCUGUCGGACCGGUGGUGGACGCGGCCGGGGUGGCCUCCGCCUGGCACCUCUGGGUGGACAGGGUUCGCAACUCGGCCGACCUACUCAACAUGGACACGCUUCAGGAGGCCAUCCAGAGAAACCUGGGCACGGUGCUGGCCGUGCUGGAGUCGUCCUGGACGCUGCUGCGCAGCAACCUAACGAUGCUGGUGUCCGUGGUGACCCAGCUCAUCUCCGUCCUGCUCGGCGGCGGGUUUGCCGUGCUCAACACGCUGCUGAACAUGAUAGUGUUUGUGACGGCGCUGUUUUACCUGUUGAGCUCCAGCGGCAAGCUGUACAAGCCGGUGGAGCUGAUUGCCAGGAUGGGCCCCGUCAGUCAGGGGAGCAGCAGGUUCGUGUUGGCCGUGGACGAGGCGGUCAGCAGCGUGUUCGUCGCCUCCUUCAAGAUGGCUCUUUUCUACUGCAUGUGGACGUGGCUGGUGCACUCUCUGUUCGCCGUCAAGUUCGUCUAUCUGCCGUCAGUGGUGGCGGCCGUGCUGGGCGCCGUGCCGUUCCUGGGCAGCUACUGGGCGGCGCUGCCGGCCGUGCUGGAGCUGUGGCUUGUACACGCUCAGCCGGUCACCGCCUUGCUCUUCUUCCUCGCCCAGCUGUCGCCGAUCCUCUUCGUCGACACGGCCAUCUACAGCGAGGUCAAGGGUGGUCACCCGUACCUGACCGGCCUGGCCAUAGCAGGCGGCAUCUUCUACCAGGGCAUUGAGGGCGCCAUCUUCGGGCCCGUGCUUCUGUGCUGCCUCCUGGUGACGGUCAGCGUGUACUCGAGCCUGGUCAACACGCCCGACGAAGACCGCAAGCCGUUCGCCGGCCGGCUCAAGAGGAUGGGUACCAUUUGGUGAUGAUCUGAUUCCGCCUCUACGUACCGAGGACGGCGGUUACUAAGUUGGCUGAGCUACUGCGGCCUCGCAGCGGGCCGCCCGUCUGCAGCGUCACGCGCCGCCUGGGAGCGCGGCCCGCCGGGCCCGCCUGUCGACGCCGCCGGCGGUGCGGACGCUGCCACUUAAUUGCAGAGGCGCUGACUCUGUGACGCCAAAGUGUUGUCUCAAACUCGCGGGUCGUGUGAGGGUCGCGCUAACCCGGUAGUCCACGCGUGGUGCUGGCUGCGGUGCUUGUGCUCCAACGUUCCCGCUGAUUGCCCAGGCGCUGUCUGGAAAAGCGGAAGCCAACCACGGAAUGAUUUUUGCUUGUUGCGGUGUUAACGAAUAGUUAUUGGCCGAAGGCGACGAUUCUCCCAAAGACAUGUUGGUUGGCACAGUUUUCGCUACUUUGCACAAACUGAGACGUUUGGUAUUGCCAUUUGUGAUAAGUUGUCAGCGAUCACGUUCAUAGCUCUUACAUCGUGGCGUUCCUCCUCUCUACGAAGUACCGUUUCGUCUAGUUGCUUUUUGAGUGCGUUGUGCCUGUGUAGUUUGCUAUCCGCUUCAGUCAGAGGCCGCACGCCCCCGAACCGUGAGCUAAGGCUAAAAUUGUCUUUCAACUAAGCCGGUACUUCAUCGAAGCGGAAGAUAUAUUCCUCCUGUCCUAGACAUGGUGCUCUUAGAGUGUCUAUGGAUUUGAGUGCCUUGAACUGGAUCUAGAUGCAACAUGUUACGUUUAAAGUUUAUUUAUACUUGGGUUAUCGUUACAGGUUGCUUGCACAUAAUUCAAGCAAGGUAAAAAAAAGUUAGCAAUAGGGCAUUAUGGCCGCUGUGAUAAUCAGGUGCGCCUUACAUCUUGCGUUAGCAAACUGUUCACGUGCUCACGUGGACUAUGGAAAAGUGACUGCAGCGAGCCAUUUGCUAUUUUUUAAACUUGUGAAGCAAACAUCUAUCUGACUCCCCAAAACGCAUCCUCCGGAUCCCGUUAUCAAAGGUUUCCAUGAGACCCUAUUUUCAUCAGAACAUGGAGCGUUCUGUAUCUACCCAGGUCAGGAAAGCUUGAUCAAAGUACAUCUUGGCAGCAUUUUCUAAUUUUGUCCAAAAACCACGUCUAUGUUACCUUCCAUCGUGAAACUCUGUCGGGGCAUUGUCCAUCAAACUGGCGUGAUAUAAGAAGUGGGUAGCUACGCAAUGAAUAGUGCUGCGUGAAUAUGCUGUUUAUAUACUCUGCUCCAAAAUAUGUAUAGUGCAGAUGGCAGGUGCCGGGCUGAAGCGCUGGCUGGUACACUCGGGUUCUGGGUCGAGGAGCACACCAGCUGUGCUGAGGCGGUGACUGGUACAGCCGGGCUGAAGCGGUGGCUGGUACAGCCAUGCUGAAGCGGUGGCUGGUACAGCCGGGCUGAAGCGGUGACUGAUACAGCCGGGCCGAAGCGGUGACCGAUACAGCCGGGCCGAAGCGGUGACUGACACAUCCGUGCUGAAGCGGUGGCUGAUACAUCCGUGCUGAGGCGGUGGCUGGUACAGCCGGGCUGAAUCGGUGGCUGGUACAACCGGGCUGAAGCGGUGGCUGGUACAACCGUGCUGAAGCGGUGGCUGGUACAACCGUGCUGAAGCGGUGAAUGGUACAACCGUGCUGAAGCGGUGGCUGGUACAACCGUGCUGAAGCGGUGGCUGGUGCAGCCGGACUGAAGCGGUGGCUGGUACAACCGUGCUGAAGCGGUGGCUGUUACGACCGGGCUAAAGCGGUGACUGAUACAGCCGUGCCGAAGCGGUGGCUGGUACAGCCGUGCUGAAGCGGCGGCUGGUAGAGACGGGCUCUCUGGGCCGAGCGUGCCGAGAGACAGUGAGCGGCGCUGGCUCACCUUGGGUGCGAAUCGCGUGGACUAGGGUGGCCGGACUGGCCGAGUUGGGUGAGACUUAGUUGAGGUGUCAUUGUCGCCUAACUGGGGUUGGCAUGUAUGCACAGUAGUCAAUGGCUGAUCAAAAAUGUUGCACCAGUCGUGCCAUUGCCGUGCCGGGUUAUGGGAACGAGCAUGGAGGCACUAACGCGCCAGGUGACGGCCAGCCCGGUGGUUGAGUGUUGGCCCCUGCGUGUGCUCUGUGGCGAGGCCAGCCCACCGUCGGCGGGUUGCCGCUGUCCGGACGGUGGUGCGUUGUCGUCCGCUGUGGUAGUUUGGGCGGCGGCCGAGCGGCUGUCGGAGUCGGGCAGGGUGGACGACCGGCGUCUAUAUUCGGCCGGCCGGGCUCCCCGCCCCCUGGAGUGCUCCGUGCCCACGCCGCCCCGCUCGUCUGCCGCUCCGUCCCAAUUGGGCGGCAAUGGGCUCAACAGGCGGCGGCGGGAAGCGGGACCAGCGUGGGCGGGCUCAUGUGCGAGGUCAAUGGGCAGAAACGGACCGCCCGUGUCUGCUGGCUCACUUGCGCCGGUGGUCGAAGUCGCGCUGCCGCCAUUUGUCGAUUAAAAGAUGCGGUCGUCGGUAUUGACCGCUGCGCUAGAGCCAGCCGCCGCGCCUGGGCAGGAGUCGGCGCUGGGUGCGCCUGUGUGUAAUGCGUGCGUGCGCUGUGCGCUGUGGCAGCUGCCUGCGCCGCCAUCCGAGCCGUCCGCCGCCGCUAGUGCCGCGUGGCGGCCUGUGUAUUGUCUUGUGGAGCGAGCUGAUGCAGCGACAGUGCGGCGCCGAGCCCCUGGCCCAUUGACGACGCCGCCACUGAUGGCUCACUGAUGCUGCCGCCGCCAACUCGACGCUUGGAAUGUUGCCGGUUUGGGAAUA